ACGGCAAGAGAAGAGAGUCUAUGCAGUGAGGAAAGGCGCGUUUGUUGCGUUUUAGCCCCCAAAUCCCGCCUUUUGCUUUUCACCUUUCGUUAUAAAAAGUGUUUCUCUCUCUCCUUCUCCUCUCUCGCUGGCUUCGAGGAGAAAAAGCAAAAUUGGAGACAUAAUUUUACUGGUUCUCGGAGAUUCUAGGGGUUUUUUUUUUUUUUAUCCUCACCUUGCUGAUCUCCGUCGUGAAUUCGUCUCCGAUUCUCACCUGGUAUUUUGUGGCCUAAAGCUCAUAAGUUUAUGCUGGUGCAACAAGUUAAAUAGGAAUGACGUAUUAGAUUUGCAAUGAUGGAUGUGGGGUUCUCUCUUAUUCAGUGGUUGAUCAGUUCUGGUGCUGACAGUCCGUUUAUAUUUGGAUGGCUUGUUACUGGAUCUGUUGGGCUUCUCGCUGUUAUCUACACAUUUCUUAGAUGGCAGAAAAAAACUUCUUUAAACUGGGUUAAAGCUGCCGCUAGAGAGAAGAAGAAGGUUUGGAAAAGACUGAGAGUUCCACUUUCUCAUCAUCAAUGGACGGAUGAUUAUGGUUAUGGCCCACAGCCAUCCACUUGCUGUGUUUGUCUCUGCUCCCUUGUUCCAGGUCAAAAUGUUUCUACUAAAGCAGCUCUGAGUAUUCCCGUCCACCGGUGUGCUGUAUGCGGUGUAGCAGCUCACUUUUAUUGCUCAGGCUCUGCUGCAAAAGACUGCAAAUGUGUUGCGCAGGCUGGAUCUGACCAUGUCCGACAUCACUGGUCUGAGCGAUGGGUUAACAUGGAUGAUAGCGCUGACAUGACUGCCUUUUGCUUCUACUGUGAUGAACCGUGUGGUAUUCCUUUCAUUGAAGCUUCUCCAAUGUGGCACUGCCUUUGGUGCCAGCGCCUCAUACAUGUAAAGUGCCACAUGAUUAUGUCCAAGGAAUCUGGUGACGCUUGCGAUCUUGGCUCUCUCAGAAGAGUAAUCCUCUCUCCAGUACAUGUAAAACUCAAUGAAGCAAAUGGUGUGGAUGGAGUACUGACUACUAUUAAAAACGAGUUAGCAUCUAUACGAGGGCAUGUGAGAAGAAAGCGUCAUAGGGGAAAAAAUGGGAAUGGCCAGUCACUAAAUGGUAAGCUGUUGGAGGAUUCAGCCAGCAAUCCAGUAAAAACCGUAGUAAAUGGGCUUGUAGUGAAAAAGAUACGCAGAGAUAGGAGCAUAGAUUGCUUACAGAAAGUCUCGGACAUGCCUAAUGCAAACGGAUUGCAAAAUGGUAUAAGCGGCCACAAACGAAAUAAAAGUGCCGCUUUUAAGUUUAUGAAGAAGUUUUCCUUGGUUGAUUUGCCCCCAGAUGCAAGACCGCUUUUGGUCUUUAUCAAUGCCAAAAGCGGAGGGCAACUCGGUCCUUUUCUUCACAGGAGACUUAACAUGCUGUUGAAUCCAGUACAGGUCUUUGAACUUGGCUCUUGUCAAGGGCCAGACGCUGGUUUAGACCUAUGUAGCAAAGUGAAGUAUUUUAGAGUUUUGGUAUGUGGGGGAGAUGGAACAGUUGCAUGGGUGCUUGAUGCCAUUGAGAAGCGCAAUUUUGAAUCCCCUCCACCUGUCGCUAUUCUUCCUUUAGGCACAGGAAAUGAUUUAUCUAGAGUUUUGCAGUGGGGAAGAGGUAUUUCAGUAGUUGAUGGACAAGGAAGUCUAAGAACGUUUUUGCAAGACAUUGAUCGUGCUGCAGUUACAAUGUUGGAUCGAUGGAGUGUUAAAAUUGUAGAAGAGAGUACAGAAAAGUUUCCAGCAAGAGAAGGCCACAAGUUUAUGAUGAAUUACUUAGGUAUUGGCUGCGACGCCAAAGUUGCAUAUGAAUUUCAUAUGAUGCGGCAAGAAAAUCCUGAAAAGUUUUGUAGUCAGUUUGUAAAUAAAUUACGAUAUGCUAAAGAAGGUGCGAGGGAUAUAAUGGAUCGAGCAUGUGCCGAUUUACCAUGGCAAGUUUGGCUUGAAGUUGAUGGAAAAGACAUUGAAAUUCCCAAGGAUUCAGAGGGUCUAAUAGUACUUAAUAUUGGAAGCUAUAUGGGUGGAGUAGAUCUUUGGCAAAAUGAUUAUGAACACGAUGAUAAUUUUAGCAUUCAGUGUAUGCACGACAAGACACUAGAAGUGGUAUGUGUCCGUGGAGCGUGGCACCUUGGCAAACUACAGGUCGGUCUUUCUCAGGCUAGGAGGCUAGCACAGGGGAAGGUCAUAAGGAUACAUGUUUCUAGUCCUUUCCCUGUUCAAAUAGAUGGAGAACCGUUUAUUCAGCAACCUGGCUGCUUGGAGAUAACUCACCACGGGCAGGUGUUUAUGCUAAGAAGAGCAUCAGAUGAACCACGAGGGCAUGCCGCAGCCAUAAUGAAUGAGGUGUUACUCGAUGCGGAAUGCAAAGGAGUCAUAAAUGCAUCUCAAAAGAAAGUACUUCUACAGCAAAUGGCUCUCCAUCUCUCAUAGAAAAAACAAAAACAGAUCAUCCUCUCACCAAAUUUUGCUAACAAGAAGAGUUAACUUACAAUCUUGUCUUACCCACUAGAAAGCCAGCCCGGGUACGAGAUUUUUUUUGUCUAUUUACCCUUAUUUUUUGUUUUUUUUUUUUUCCCUUUGGUGUUUGUGAAGAGUGUCAUAUGUAUAGAUAGUGUGCCAAUACGAAAGCCACUGAGAUUGGCGUCAAAAAGUGUCAAGUAGAGAAAGUUUGAAUAUAUACAUCAUACAGUGAUCAGUUUUAGGGUAAUACAAAGGCCAUGAAAAAAAAAGAACACAAAGGCUUUAUUACCCAUGAGUUUUUUGUUUAUUUACGCUCCAUGUGUCACAUAAGAUUCAAGUACGUGUAUUUCCAGACCCACCGCCUAAAAUGCAGACCCUUCUUUGA